CUCUUCCUUUUGGCAGUCUUAUCCAGGUUGAUCAUACGCAAUUAUUUCCACUUCUAACGUAGGAGUCAACCUUAACGCAGAUUACUUCAAGAUGGCUACCGGUACCAGUAAAUUGGAUCAAUUUCUGGAAAAUGUUGAGGAGAAGGUCCUAGAGUGUGCCAUAUGCUUUAAGAGACUUAAAAAUCCGAAAUCACUAAACUGCCUCCAUAGUUUCUGUUUGGCAUGUCUGGAAGAUUGGGUUAAGGCAAAUGGUAUGUCGACUUGCCCAACUUGCUCAAAAUCAUAUUCCAUUCCAGAGGGCGGGCUCCAGAAACUUCCACCAAAUACAUUUAUAAAUAACUUAUUAGAAACUAUUGAACAAUUUUCAGAAAGAGAUCAGAUGAAAUGUUUUUGUUCAAAAGAACAGGCAAAAUACUACUGCCAGAUAUGCAGACAUUACUUGUGCUCUACUUGUACUGACCAUCACAAAAUAUUGCCAAUGUCUGCAAAUCACAAGCUAUAUUCAGUGGAGGACGUUCGAUCAAAGACGCCUUUACAAAUUGCAUUGUUACAUCCUCCAAUUUGCUCUCUUCACAAUGAGCCUUUAAAAUUUUUUUGCUGCGUAUGCAAUGUUCCAAUAUGCAUGCAUUGUACAAUUACAGACCACAAGGAGUGGAAGGAAAUCAUAAACCAAUCAGCAUUUCAGAAGCAUUUCAAACAUUUAAAGAAACUUCAGCAGCAUUGGAAAAAGUUGCCAAUGACUGCAAAAAAAAAUUGCAAGGUGGCCUCAGAGCAGUUAUUCAAGCAACUACAAAAUUAAAUCAAAGUAAAGAUAAAAGUUUGAGCGAUAUUGACAAUCAUGUGCAGAAAAUGCUUAAGGAAAUCAAGGAGAAUGGAGACAAAUUAAAAAAUGAAGUGCAGACAAUCUACAAAGAGAAAAAGGAGAUGUUAGAUGUACAAAUGGACGAACUAAAAAAAACAAUAUCUGAUAUAAAUACAAAACUCAAUUUUCUUAACCAAUUAUUAAAGAGUGAUGAAGCUACAGCAAUGCAAUCAAGUGAAAUAAUAAUUACAGCACUGGAGGACAGAAUCGAUGAUCUGCCAGAAACAGAGACAAAAGAUUAUGAACAACUUAAUUUCUAUACCAAUAAAAAUCAGAUUGAAUCAUUGCAAGCAUGUGACAUUGGGUAUAUAUCUGAGAUGAGGGCAGCAGACUGUUUAAAAUUAAAGGAAAGGGAGGUAAUAGUUUAUGGAAUUGAAGAAACAAUCUUUGUGCACAUAAUAGGUGCAGAAGAUAUUGGUAAUAAACUGAAGGCAACAUGGAAAAUACCUACAGGAGAAACCAUAAUUGGAGAGUUCUAUAGAGACUGGUACACUAUAUAUGCGACAUUAAAUUGCAGAGAUCUAGGGAUUUAUGAACUAGAUGUGAGAGCAUAUGGUGAAUCAAUCGAGAAUUCACCAAUGACGAUCAAAGUAGAGCCUAAAUUAGGAUUAGUAAAUACCAUUAAAACAAACAAAAAAAAUGUCAGAGAUGUUUACAAGUGUGAAGAUGGUUGCUUGCUGGUUUCAUGUGGUACAAAUGAAAUACUCAAGUACAAGCAAUCAGGAGAAUAUAUUGGCAAGGUUACUAUACCACAAGGUGUGGGAGCUAACAGAAUAUACAAAAUGAAAAAUGGUAACAUAACAUUCAGUGAUUUAAAAAAUAAAUGCAUUAAAGUGUGCAAUAUGAAUGGUGAGCUGGUCAAAUCAAUUGGUCAGGGAGUAUUGAAGUUUCCUACUGGUAUCCAUGUUGAUGAAAAAGCAAAUAUAGUGUAUGUAGGAGAUUGGAAUAUUUGCUGUGUGUUCAUGUUUGAUAUUGAUAGUGGCCAAAUGAUAAGGAAGACAGGGUCACAAGGUAACCAAAGGGGUCAAAUGGGUGGAGUCAUCGAUGUUACUCUUACAAGUGAAGGAAAUCUUCUUGUAUUGGAAUAUGACAACAGAAGAUUACAAUUGUUUGAUAAUGAAGGACAUUUCAAAAAAGUACUUGUUGAAGCAGGUGAUGAGAAUGGUAAAUUGAUGAAUCCAUGUGGAGUAGUAGUUGAUGAGGAUGACAACAUCAUUAUAUCAAGUAAUCACAAACUACAGCUAUUCAGUAGUGAUGGAUAUUUCUUACAAAGAAUUGAUGAAGAAGGUAGAAUCACAAACCCACAUGGAUUAUCUAUCAUUUCAUAUCAUCCACUAAAAGUUGCAGUAGCAAAUACAGGGGAUGGAACUAUAAAAAUAUUCAAUUACCAUUAUAAAGAUUGUCAGUUUUCUAAUUUCAUUAUGAAUGGAAUGCCCUGUUGAACUUCCCAGAGUCAAAGGUCAACCAUAAUUAGUUUUAAGGUGUAGGUAUAGUUCAUAGGGAUUCAAAAUUAUUUAAUCGAAUUAAAUAACACCAAACAAAAAAUCAUAGCUUUAGCAUGCAUACUUUUAGCGCACAUAAAAGCUUUAUAGGCUCCACUUGGGGGGGGGGGGCAUAAUAAAAAUAAAGAAAAUCUUUUAUUUUUUUCUGAAAUUUACACUUUUUCUUGGCAGCAGGUGUGCUAACAAUUAAAUUAUAUUCUCACCUAAUCAGCAAUGGAGCCAUUUUUUAACACUAUAGGCCUACAUAUUAAACUGUAUAAUACUUAAUAAAUUCAAUUAUUUUAUUAGUAAGUUUAAGUACAUCUUAGGAAGGAAAUAUUUACUAGCUUUACUUUUUUACUAAGGCUAAUAAUUUAACUUAUUGAAAAAUACAUAUUAGGCAGUUAAUGAUUCUUAUAUUAUUAGUUUUCUGGGUUCCACAUUUGCUAUGUUUAGGGUAUGGAAUAAAAUCCUGUUUGCAGUUCACUAUUCAGCAGUGAAUUGAGUAAAGUGUAUGGUAUGAAAGGAUGCCAGGGAAAAGUUUGACCAAAUGGUAAAUUGUGGAUUAUACAGAAAUUUUUGGUGACAUAACUAUUACAAAAUUCAUUUAUUAAAGUAUGAUAUCCUACAGUCUUUUUUUUUUUUUAAAUUUAUAUUACCUUUA